AUGUUCACGGAAAUAGUCAAGCAAACAGCGCACAAUCCCUGCGGAGAAACCAGGUAUGUUUUCCUCGAAAGUCGCUUCGACAGCGCACCCAUCUCGCGUUCAUCAGGCCUGCCACCAGUGUCGGAAGAGGAAAUUGGUGAGGAGUCUGCCAGCUUGAACUUUAUUUAUAGUGGUCUUCGCUCACCCUCGGUGAUCCUUGUCCAACCAGAAAUGCGACGCCAAGAGACCUUGCUCAACCCUGAUUGUACAUUUGACAUCUUGCCUGAUCUCAGCGGUGUCGAACAGCGUGACCCGCCUAAGAGCCGCUUUGAGAAGCUCGAGAACAGAAUCAACGAACUUGAAGCUCUCUUAUCGACCCAGGGUAGUUUGUCAACAACUCCGUCGUCUCGGCCCACACCAGAGGCUAUGACGACGCAGUACGUAGCUGCAAGCCCCUCUCCUUCAACCAGCAAUCAUGGCUUGCCUAUCUCUGUCAACGGCUUUGCUCAAGUGGAGCGCCCCCCAGACAGCGUCGUAGACCCGAUUUUGUUAAAUUUUGACUCAUUGUCGCGUUCAACGGCACUUGACAGUCUCGCCGACGCUGCAAUGCUUAUCGAAACAUCGGCAAUCAACCCCGACCCCUUCUCGAUCAACUUGACCCUUACAGACAACACCAUGGGCGAAAAGAUUGUCCCUUUGCAAAGUCCGGAUCCACUAGGACAAGUCAUUGCCCUAGCAUGGCCUAAAAGUCUCCCUCAUCCAGAGCUUUUACGACAUUUGGUCGAUGCAUAUUUUUCCUUCAAUGCCGAUGCAAACCGAUUGUUCCAUCGCCCCAGUUUUAUGGCCUCUCUGUCUCUCCCACCGACACAUCCUAAAUUUCCUCUUACGCCCCUGCUACAUGCUAUGUGCGCCAUUGGAAGCUUAUAUACGGCUGUGGUGGCUCCAGUCCCGAACGUGACCACGUCUCCUAUCCCCAUUGGUGAGAAACAUGUCUACCAGCAGAUAUUAGUGCACGAGCAGAGACCCUUAUCUUUCGCAGAAAUACACGCUGGCUAUGCCCGUCGUGCAAUAGACGCAGCAUCGGAAAUGGGAGAGGAAUUGUUUCAGAUGCUCCAAGCUGAGAUUCUACUCGUUUCAUGGAACUGGGCGUCGGCAAAGUGGGCCGAGGCGUAUAUGUGCAUAUCCCGCGCAUUGCGUACCUGCAUACCGCUGGGUCUCAACGUGGGCGCGUCGUUUCACACUAUUUCUGAGUCGUUCCGACCGCCUUCGAUCAUUCCACCACCUCGCACACCCACAGAAGAUGAGACACGAAGGAAUGCAUUUUGGAUAGCAUACUCCUUGGAACGCAGCAUGGGUUGCGGACACGGGUGGGCUCUGAUGAUCGAUGACCAAGAUGUCACCCAGCUACUGCCUAUCCACGCCCCGCCCUCCGAGCGCCAGUGGUCGCACGCGCCAGAUGUCCUCGUUGUCCACCCACCGGAACAAGCAGAUUCGUUCGUGAUGUAUGUCAAGGCGUGCAUGCUGCUCUCGCGAGUGAAGUCGUUCAAUGCGCGCUUUCGAGCCAAAUUAUAUGCGGGGGAUCCGUCAAUGGCCACGUACAAUGAAUCAGAUACAUUCAAGCCGAAGGACAUGCGCACGUCACCAGCCUUCCAGGAACUGACAACCCUGAUCGGAAAGUUCAAGGAUUCAUUUCCUGCGCAUCUCCGCAAUCCGGUAGAGAACGGCCUGGUUGACUCGUAUCUAUUUUCCGCCUGCACGGCCCCUUGGUUGGCAUUCAUAAUCUUACAUGAGCCUCAUGCUCACGUCUGGUCACCGGUUUGCGAUUCCGCUUUGAAAAUUCUGAACUCAUCGCGUGCAAUCUUGAAUCUCGUAUAUGAUGUCUAUGCCACAAGCUAUGACCUGGCACUGCUAAGCCAAUUUUCGAUUCUAUCUUGGUUCAUGGCCGGACGGGUCUUGGUUCGUUUUCUGCAGGCUGCUUUUGAGUCUGGAGAACGGGAGAUUGGGACAACUCUUCUCGUAGAGAUUGACUUCAUACGAACGGUCUUGUCUCAGGUCGGGGAACGAGUUCCCCUUGCGCAUCGUUACGGGAAGAUGCUCGAGGAGUUCAUCUGCAAGCACUGCGGUCGGCAAUAUGUUAACACUCUUCCAGCAUCGCUUCCUCCGCGCGGAUACGCACCAUUUGCCACAAAUGGGGAGUGGCCUAACACCUCGGAUCUCGUGUUGAAUCUGCAGGUAGAUUCAAGUGCAUGGUCUCAGUGA